AUGCGCCCACUCAGGUCGACGGUGGCCAGGCACGAGAGGUCCCACACCGGGGACAGGCCCCACGUGUGCCAAAUCUGUCAAAGGGCCUUCGCCCGUUCAGACCAGCUGAACGCGCACCUCAACACGCACACGUCGGAGAGACCGUACAAGUGCGCCGUCUGCGGCCAAGGCUUCGCGAGCACCUCCGGACUGUCGCACCACAGGUUCAAGCACCUGGACGCCACUCAGCAUCCGCACCGGUGUAACGAAUGCGGAAAGACAUUCGCGCGCAAGCACAACCUGACGUCGCACCUGGUGACGCAUACGGGCGAAAAGCGCCACGCGUGCUGUGUGUGCGGUCGCCAGUUCGCGCACAGAAGCGGCGCCAGACACCACGAAAGAGUGGUGCACGGAGCUGCGUCGGGAUCCCAGCUCAUGGCGGCCGACGCACCGAAAAAGCACGCAGGACCUCUCUCCCGCCCGCGCGCGUUGUGA